GCGCCAACGGAAUAGUGGAAAUCCUUAAUCAAUCUGCAGCUCGUGAAGCCUUCUGUGAAAAUUCUUGGCCUUCUGCGUAUCCUGUUUUAUAUCCUGACAGGAUUUUCAACGUCCACUACCGGUGCGGAAAAGAGAACGAUCGAUAAUUUUUUGUGGCGCACGGUUUGGGGCGCGCCCGCGAGUAGUGUGGCGUUGUGUGCGUGCGCGAUCUAGGUGUAUGUGUGCGUGAUCUUCAGCUUGGGUGUUACCCCGUUUUGUGUAAGCUUCGCGAUCGUCCCGAAAGUGAACCGCGGCGGUUGUGGCAUCUUAAUUGAUAAAACGAAACAGUGACACACCUGUGGGAUCGCCUUCGAUCGAUCGUCCAUCUUGCGCGGAUAAUUUGUGGUCGCCUUUACGUGGUGUUUGUGGGAAACGCGGGUGCUAACUCGGCAAAGCAGUAACUCAUCCCGGAUUCGGUUGAAGCUCGCGUCGCGUCGCAAAAUGAGAAAGCCAAGAAGCCCAAUGUCCAGCGCUCACCGGAAUGCUGGGGCGUUGCUGCUGCUGGGAGUGGUGCUUGCGAUCGCCGUGGGGCCCGCGAGCGGCCAGCGUACGCCGACCAUUUCCUACAUCACACAGGAACAGAUCAAGGACAUUGGCGGCACGGUGGAUAUGGAGUGCUCAGUACAGUACGCCAGUGAUUACUCGGUACACUGGAUCAAGACCAGCAACGAUCGGUCGGACGUGGUGUUCCUGUCGACCGGAAGCUCGCUGGUGCUGAAGGAUUCGCGCUUCUCGCUCCGCUACGACCUGUCGUCCACGUCCUACACGCUGCAGAUCAAGGACAUCCAGGAGACGGAUGCCGGCAUCUACCAGUGUCAGGUGGUGCUGUCGGUGACGAACAAGAUCACCGCCGAGGUGCCUUUAAGAGUCCGCCGGCCCCCGAUCAUCUCCGACAACUCGACCCAAUCGAUCGUCGUUUCGGAGGGCCAGCCCGCCCAGAUGGAGUGCUACGCGUCCGGGUACCCGGUCCCGCAGAUCACCUGGCGGCGCGAAAACAACGCCAUUCUACCGACGGGCGGCGCAACGUACUCGGGCAACGUGCUAAACAUUAACACGGUGCGCAAGGAGGAUCGCGGCACGUACUACUGCGUGGCGGACAACGGUGUGAGCCGCGGUGACCGGCGUAACGUCAAUCUGGAGGUAGAGUUUGCGCCGGUCGUGACGGUGCCACGGCCGCGCGUCGAACAGGCACUGCAGUACGACAUGGAUCUCGAGUGCCACAUCGAGGCGUACCCGCCGCCGGCCAUCCGCUGGCUGAAGGACAGCGUGCAACUGUCGAGCAACCAGCACUACUCGCUGUCGCAGUUCGCCACGGCCGACGAAUUCACCGACUCGACGCUCCGUGUCAUCACGGCCGAGAAGCGCCAGUACGGGCAGUACAUCUGCCAGGCCACGAACAAGUUGGGCGAUGCGGAGGGCCGCGUCGAGUUUACCGAGUCCGUCAUUCCCGUGUGUCCACCGGCCUGCGGACAGGCGCGCUACGGUGGCGGUGCUAGUGCGGUCUCGGUUUCGUUCCUUCUGCUUCCGGUGGCCACACUGCUGACGAUCGUGGCGACCGCGGCCGCCACCGCCACCGUACGGUUCACGAACCGUUCAUAGAUUACACCGGUGGAGUGGAUCGAAGAGCGACGUCGUCCCGCCCGUCAUUUGGUCGCGCAUUCGAAAUCAACCCCCCGAAGGACAACCUCCUCUCCACGGCAGCCUCCCCCGGAUUGAAUGCUAUCGAUCGAUCGAUCGAUCGACACUACGACCAGAGUACAAUCAUAAUCUCAUACAACGCUAAAUAUUGCUACUGCUUUGUAUACGCUAUGACACAAGGUGGGACGCCACAUAGUAAGGAGCGGAUUCACCCGGAGUCCGUAUCGGAAGCCCUGUGUAGGCACGGAUGCACAUCACAUAUCUUACAUGAGAAAGGUGCCACAGCACUAUGUUUCCCCCCGAGUUUUCUUCCCAUCUAAAUCUGUAAGGCGAGACAGCGGCAACAGUGGGAUGCAAUCCUGCUGUGCUGUUGCCCGCUGGCAGCUCCGUUUGCGGGGCUCUCAGUUGCGGGCACGUGGACUAAAGGCUAAGAGUAAGCACACGAAAUCAAUCGAUUCCCUCCAGCGGUAUCUGUGAAAAUGAUAGCACUUUACGUGGCGUAGGACAACCAAGGGGACUGACCAUUUUUUUAAAUAGAUAUACAACAUACGCGUCGUCGUGCACGUGUCGUCACGGUGGGCGACUAACGGCUUCCCAAGGCGAGAACAGAAAACAGAAAACACGACGAAGGUGAUCAACCGAUUCCAUAUUCGAUUCGCAUUUAGCGAACGCGUACUCCACAAAAGUAUUCUAAAGCCCGCACCGCAGCGGAGUAGAUUUUCCAGUAUCCGAUUGUGUGAUUCCUUGCCCGUGGGGACUGGGGGCUAGGUUAUAUUGUUUUGCUUGCAGCGGUAGUGUACGGACGGACACAGCACAGCCAUCGAUCGUGCAUGGGAGCGAGCAAAGAAGGAGAGCCUUUUUGUGACACGUACCGUGUUUUGAGCGGCUUUUUGUGCAAGUAUUUUCCGUUUUAAAAGUAUUCCGAAUUCCGCGCAACACACACAAUUUCUUUUCUGUGUGUCUGUAUUUGGUUUUAAUUUCCGAUAGGGCUAAGCGAAAGGCAAAUCUCAGCGGAGCGCGUAUCGAUCACGAGUAAAACAAUUAAUUAUGACGAAUGCCGCGUACGGCUUGCAGAGAGGUUGUAGAGCGCGAAGGACGAUCCAGCGGAUCCUCGUCCGGUGGACCUGGCGCGCUGCUAUAUAGCUUAAACGAUAGUGUGGAUUCAUUUUUUCUGUUUCGCAACAUUUGCUGUAAUUUUAUGUUUCUAUCAAACCUGUAUUAAGUGCGCGAUGACGGUGCAUCAUGAAGCACCGUUUGUAGUGCCCGGGAGCGUAAAAGCAAUAGGCAACCGCAGAAGAGUGUGCAAAAGAAUGCGAAGAAAAGCUAAGCAGAACGGACAGUGAAGCGAUCGUGAGAAUAA